GUCAUAUUUCACGUAAAACAUUUGUGUAUACGCAUACAUGAGUGUGUCGUUACGCAUUAGUCCAAAGGGAAAGAAAAUGAAUAUUCUGUUCUUGUUUUCAUCGAAUAUUUCAUAGAUUUGAACAGGAACGUAAAAAAAUAUUACAUAACGAUCGAUAUACAUAGGUCCAAUAAACUCCAGAUGAGAAAUGGUAGACUGCAAAAGUAAUAUAAAUGGGGCACACAACUGCAGUUAUGAAUCAAGGACGCAAACUAGUUGCGAAACAAUGUCAUCAACACCUUCCUCGUCGUCUGAUUAUCUAGUAGGGGAAGCUGAUGAUAGUUCGGAUAGCAAAAUCAUGACGCCCUUUAGUUUAAAAUCAGUGGAAAAUGUACUUUCGUUAUCCAAGGUUACUACCGAAGAAGAUCUUAAGGAGAUGGUAGAAAAAUGUAAGCAAAUGGUAUUGGAAAGUACAGAAUGCUCGGACGAACGAAAGUGGCUAGUCAGACGUCUAAUCGAAUUACGUUUGAGAGUGCAAGAGUUGAGAGAAACUUCGGAGAAACAUUUGCUCGAAACUCAAGUGAUUUUAGGGCACCACUUGAUACCGCAGAAAUAUUUUAUAACUACGUCCAGACCUGUGUAUUGCGAUCAUUGUAGCGGUGCCAUUUGGACUAUGCUUCAGUCGUGGUAUAUGUGUGGCGAUUGCAAAUUCUGUUGCCAUUGGAAAUGUUUAAACAACAUACGCAGAGUGUGUGUCCACGUAAUCGCGAGCGAAGCGGGUGGUUACACUUACACGAAAGACAUAUGUCCAGAACAAGGCCUGUCGAAUCAGGGUUAUAGGUGUGCUGAAUGUAAAGUGCAAAUAACAUUCAAUCCACCGUGGAUCGAGCCGCGACUUUGUGACUACAGCGGAUUAUAUUACUGUCAAAGAUGCCAUUGGAACACAGCAAUGGUAAUUCCUGCAAGAGUGAUCAGAAACUGGGACAUGGAACCGCGACUCGUGUCCCGAGUCGCGGCGCAACUUUUAAGCCUUCUGGAGGAGCGUUCCGUUUUGCCCCUGGAAGAAUUAAAUCCAAAAUUAUUCACUUUGAUACCAGACUUGUCUUUCGUAAAGAGGAUGCGCGAAGAAAUGCAGAUGAUGAAACACUAUUUAGUUCUGUGCCCGGAAGCGAGUAGCCAAGGGCUACCAUGGAAGAUUGGUAUGCGUACUCAUAUGAUCGAGAACUCGGGAAACUAUUCCAUCAAAGAUAUCGUCGAUCUUAACAACGGAACUCUUCAGGAAGAAAUUCGUACCGUGUAUGACACUAUGCACGCUCAUAUCACGGAACAGUGUCAACUAUGCAAAGCUAGGGGUCACCUGUGCGAAUUAUGCGGCAACGAUGAAAUUAUAUACCCGUGGGACGCAAAUUCUGUAUCUUGCCAUCAAUGCGCGGCUGUUUACCACCGUGCUUGUUGGUCGAAACGAAAUCACUGUUGCCCGCGAUGCAUGAGAUUUCAAAAGCGACGCGCCAUGCAGGGCCAACGAAAUCCGGACACGGACGAUUACGUCACGGAGGACGGAUUGACCACGAGCGAAUCCCCCAACGACGAAACGUAAACUCUGUGCAUUUUAAGCAUUGUGUACAUUUAUUUCCUGGAUCUCUGAGCACCCUCGUGCCCCUCAUGCUUGCUCCCCAAAUACGUUGCGGAUUGCAAUUACGGUGUCGCGAAUACCGAUUUGUGUAUAUUACAUUGUGUGCGUCCCUUUUGUAAAAUAAAGUUUAAUAGAAAUUCAUAUUAUAUGGUGUGAUUCUGUAUUUGUUGCGCUUCGUCUGUAUCGCUCGGAGCGACACUAAUCUGACGACUCUAAUGGGGGAACUCGUCAGCUCGGCGCAGGGGAUAUCGAGGAGUGGGGGGAAAGCGCGACUUGGCUCCCCUGAUUACGCCAUCUUGGCUGGUGCCAAAAACAAAACUUUAUGUACAGGUUGCGGCGAAAAUAGUGGAGCGAUCGAACCGAAAAUUUUGAAUAAAAUUUAUUCGUUCAUGUAGCGUGUACACCAUAAGUAGAACGUUAAUUAUAGUCUUGAGUAAAAAUCUAACACCAGAACUACUUCUUAACACUAGAUUUACUGAUACCAUAUUUAAAAUUGCAGAACGAGUAAAUAUUAUUUUUUA